UUAUUUAUAUGUGUGUGCUGUCCUUUUUGAGAACUCAGCUGAAAACAAAAGUGGAAAUGAUUGGUUUGUAAAGAAUGAAUAACAAGACCUGCUCCCAGAUUUUCCUGCAACUGUCCCGCCCAGGAGUAAAGGGUCUUGGCCAUUUCCUAAUCUCUGACGACGCGCCGGAAACCUUUUGGUCCAAUUGUCUGAAAAGCGUGCUUUGCCAUUGUUUCUAGGGUUUUGCGGCCUCCGGGUGGUGGCUCCAAUUUCUCAUUAGGCUUUGACGAACCAGCAGAACAACCUGUGCGGAGGAACAAAAUGGCCUCCAACAUCUUUGGGACGUCUGAAGACAGCUCCCCUUCCUGGGCCAAGUGCACAGGUGCCAAGGCCAGUGACGGCAGGGAAGACUCCGAGCCCUUGCCGCCCCAGACGAGAAGCUCUUCGGAAACAAACUCUGGAGACUGUUUCGACCUGAAGGGAGAAGGCGAUAUUCAUGAAAAUGUGGACCCAGACCUGUCUGCCAGCCUGGGCCCGAGCGAGGAGAAACCCGUGCCUGCUGCCCCUGUGCCCAGCCCCGUCGCGCCGGCGCCCGUGCCGUCCAGGAGAAACCCGUUUAGCAGCCUCAGUUCCCUAACAGCUCUGAACUAG